UCCAGCACUGGGGAAACCAAUCUAUGCACCAAAAUGUCUAAGUCUGGAAACAAGAUCACUUUCUAUGAGGACAAGCACUUUCAAGGCCGCCACUAUGACUGUGACUGCGACUGUGCAGAUUUCCACAUGUACCUGAGUCGCUGCAACUCCAUUCGAGUGGAGGGAGGCACCUGGGCCGUGUACGAAAGGCCCAACUUCGCGGGCUACAUGUACAUCCUACCUCGGGGCGAGUACCCCGAGUACCAGCACUGGAUGGGCCUCAAUGAUCGCCUCAGCUCCUGCCGAGCUGUUCACCUGUCUAGUGGAGGCCAGUAUAAGAUUCAGAUCUUUGAGAAAGGAGAUUUUAAUGGUCAGAUGUACGAAACCACUGAAGAUUGCCCUUCUAUCAUGGAGCAAUUUCACAUGAGAGAGGUCCACUCCAGUAAGGUGCUGGACGGCGUCUGGAUUUUCUACGAGCUACCCAACUACCGUGGCAGGCAGUACCUUCUGGACAAGAAGGAGUACCGGAAGCCCAUCGAUUGGGGUGCAGCUUCCCCAGCCGUGCAGUCUUUCCGCCGCAUUGUGGAGUAAUGAUGUGGAUGGGGCCACAGGCUUCUCCCUGGGGGCCACAUGCUGGCUAGCCUUGUCAUCCAAGUAGGCAUCAUAAAUAAAACAAUUGGCAUGCA